AUGACAGAUAACAAUAACGACAACGAACCCAAAAUCUGUUGUUUCUGUUUAGGAACUGAAACUGAUAUCCCACCCUUUGGUGAAUUAAAAGAUGGAAAAGAUUUCCUUCAUCCAUGUUCUACUUGUUCAUUGAUUGCCCAUAGAAAAUGNGAUAUCCCACCCUUUGGUGAAUUAAAAGAUGGAAAAGAUUUCCUUCAUCCAUGUUCUACUUGUUCAUUGAUUGCCCAUAGAAAAUGUUUAUUAGAUUGGUUCAAUUCAAUCCCGGUAGAUAAAUUACAUAUAGUACAUACAAGACAUGGAGAAAUACGUCUGAGACCAAGAUCACUGGGUGAUGCCCAUAUGGAUGAUAUUGGUGUGGGGGCACCGGCACCACAGGAAAAUCUGAAUCAUAUAAACAUAAAUAUAUCUUCACGGGCAAUUUCCAAUUGGUUACGAAGUAUGUCCAGUAAUGGAAACAACAAUGACACUCAUGGUGAAGAAAAUACCGACAAUGAAAGCGACCACGAUUUUAGUAAUGAAAUAGAUAGACUUAUUCCAAUACCAGGUUCAUAUCCCGAAAGUGAAGAUCACAUGUCUCCACCACCUGGCCCCAAUUAUGAAUUACGUAAAUAUUUACACCUUCGUCCUAAAAGCAAGAAAGAUGAUUAUCUUGCCUAUAUUGUGGCACCUUGUCCUCAAUGUAAACAAGACAUUAUAUUUACAAUGUAUAAAUCCAAAUUAUUAGCAUUCCAUACCCGUAUUAAAUCAAUGAUAACCACUACUAUUGAAUCAACAGGGAUAUUUGUGGUUAUUACUUCGGCAAUCACGGGUAUUCUCUCAAUGGGAUAUAUCGGAUUAACUUCAUGUGGAAUGAAAAUGAUGGAUUGUAUAGUCCCAGGUCCAUUAUUAGUACAAACCUUAAGAGUAAAUGAUCAAAAUUCUUAUGGUCCAUUAUCUCGAUUAUUGUUUGGAAAUCCAAGUAGUUAUUCAAUUGAUAAUUUGGAACAAGCAUUAGCAAAGGGACUUAUUGAUCCAAUUAAGUUUUCUCGUAUGCCACUUUUGCCACUUGUGUUAUAUCGUGCAAGAUGUUCUUCGAUUUUGGAUUGUUUCUUUGGGAAAAAUAGAGCAAAUUCAUGGUAUACAGAAUUAAUGAUUGCCGGAUAUUUUUCAUCUUGGGGUAAUCAUGAAUUACUAAAGGGGAUAUUCCGUAAUUUAAAAAAUCAAUCGAUAGACAUUUUCAAGAAACCAAGUUUAGCAUUAAAUGGAAUAAAUCUAUUGAAAGGAAUUAAUUUAUGGAAAACCAACAAUAUAAUCUCGAUGUUAGUCCCAUUGCGUUGGGUGUACGAUAUAAUCUACAGGUUGACCAUAAACCGAGCAUACUUCCAAAUGACUUUGUCCACCCGUCCUCGAGAUAUUGCCAAUCGAUCAACUGCUGAACAAUUUGAAAAAUUAGAAAAACUUAGAAGUGAUACGAUAGAAUUAUCUGUACGUCUCAGCGAGGCCAGCUCAUUAUGUUCCGAACAUGUCAAGAUGCAGACAAAGGAUUUCUUCAUUAACAAAAUACCCAUUAUCUCGUCUGUCUAUAAAUAUAUUAAAAGCAAGAUUAUGUUUUUUAGGCAUUUUGGAUCUUAUUCGUUUUAUUAUACCAGGAUGAGAAUGUUUUUGGGGUUACAUUAUACAUUAGCAAGUUUUAGAAAUGAUUAUUCAACAAGUUGGACAGUUCAAUCAAGAACAAUGUUUGCAUUAACCACGAUACUAUGGCCAUAUAUCUCCUCGAAAGUAGGUAGUAUCCUUGCACCCUUAGUUUCAAAAUAUCUAGUCAACCAAAAACUCAUCCCUGAGAAACAUAUCUUGUUGAGUAAUAUAGCUGGUCUUGUCACAGUCGCAAUCAUUAGUGAAUUGAUAAAAUUCUAUCUUUCCAGAAUAAAAGCAAAACAAAUGACACAAAUCAAUGCCCUAAGUUUCGAUAAUGUGGAAGAUAUAAGAGAAAUCACCCAGAGGAUAUAUGGUGGUUUGCAAGAUGAAACGGAUCAUUAUGAAAGUGAAGAAGAAGACGACGACGAACAUUAUCGUCAUUAUGAUUACGAUAAUGAUGAUUACGACGAUGAUGAUUAUCCUCAUGACGGGCAUCGUCUUAGCUUUAUUCUUGAAGAUGAUGAUGGUUCGGACGAGGAAGCGGACAUCGAAUUGGCGGGAUUUAGAGCAGCAUUUGCAACAGCAUUUUAG